AUGGGGGCACCGCGGGGCGGUGGCGGCGAUGGGGACAGGGGACACGGGGGUGACGCUCGCCUCUCCUCCCAGCUGAAGUGCCAAGGAGAGCCGUUCAGCAGCGAGAGCGACAAGCUCUGCAACCCCAGCGGCGUCUUCUUCCCCGCCUUCCGCGUCAACCGGACGAGCGAGAAGAAGGAGGUGAUGGUGGCCAUGUACAAGCUCUUCGCUUUCCUCAACGCCUCGCUGGGGAACAUCACGCGCGACCAGGAGGAGCUCAACCCCACGGCCAAGGAGCUCCUCGACCGGCUCCACAACACCACCAAGACCACCCGGGGCCUCAUCUCCAACCUCACCUGCCUCCUCUGCAAGAACUACAACAUCUUCCAGGUGGACGUCAGCUACGGGGAGAGCUCCAAGGGCAAGAGCACCUUCAAGAAGAAGCAGCAGGGCUGCCAGGUG